UCGGUCACAACUGUGACCCGUGGGAUAAUGGAUAAUAGCCUAUUGUAUACUGAAUUAACAUAGGCCCAUUUCUGCAAUCAAAAAAUUGUUAUACAGUAAAUCUUAGCCAAGCUAUUUUGAAAAUGUAUGAUCACAUUCUAGGGUUACUAUUAUGCAUAAAAAACAACACUGAUAGGAAUGCAUUGCAGAUAAAAGACAAAAAAAUACAACUGUCAGCGUAUUUUACAAUUUUUAUUGUUAUUGUAAUUGUUAUAAAAUGAUUGUAACAUAUCAUCAAUUUUUUUAUUUUAGUGCUACCAGUAUUAGCAUCAAUAUUGUAAAUUAUUUGUAACAUUUGAAUUUUUAAUUUAGGCCAGUGCAAUAAUUUGUCAUUGCAACAUUUUAGUGCAACCUUCACUAACAACUGCAAUUGGAUGUAUAUGUAUACCUAAAUGCACUGUUAUCCCACCGGUCAGUACACUGGUGACAACACUCAACAAAACUGAAUAUGAAUAUAUUAAUAGCCUACUAGACACCUUAAAGAUAAUGUGGAACAAAAAUCUUUGUCAUAUCUUUAUGUUAACAUACUUUACUAGCCUUUAGUUUUGGAGCUUUGAUGUAGCCAUCAUCUUCUCAAGGUCUCAAGGUGACAGCUGGCACUCACAAUUUAACACUGUCCCUGCACAUAUUUAAUUUAGACCCUUUAUUUAUUUUUUCCAUAUUUGCAGGGAAUGCACUAAAACAUCAGUCAGUAAGGUGUUUAGAGUUUUAUAAAUGAAAACCUUCUUUACAGUCACUUUUGUGACCGGUGGGAUCAACUGGGUUAAAAACCAAAUUCACAGAAAAUAAAUGUCUUUCAGUGACCACUACAUGGCAGUAUGGUGUCAUGAAAGAUGUUCUGAGCUCCUCGAUGCUCCAAAGGGGAUCAGUUACAGUUUAUCCUGAAGACGGAAACCACAUUCACCAUUUGAUCAAAAGAAAUUCUCUAGAUCAAACACUCAUAACUGCAACCAUUUAAUCAUGAUAGAUCAUUUAACCGCCAAAGAGAAGAGAAGCAUAGACUACAUCUUGUUGAAAUACGCUUAAUUUAGCGCCUGAUGAUGCCAACGGGCGCUUACUGUCAGACCAACGUGAGACUUAAUUGGAUCUGUUCCACAAGACCACUGUUCAGAUAAUACUCUUAUGCCAUGAGUGACGAUUGUCAACCACUGGACCAAAUGAGUUUGUGCAGUGUCCUUCUGAGCUGCUCCACAUAAUCCAAUCACAUGCUCUGAGAGGCGGGCUUAAAGGAGGCUAAUAUUGUCUUCGUCUCAGGUGAGGUCAUGCAGCACAACAUGGAGACAGGUAAUGGCAUUUGACUUUAUUCAACUUUGUUUUUCUUGCAUUUAUGCAUCACAUUAACAUCAGCCUUAAUGGGAUAAGUAAAUAAGGUAAAUUGUCUUUUAUUUUGGAUGAAUCUUACUGGUAAUGCAAGUAAUUUCCUACUAACUUGACUGCAUCUGUGCCUUAAGGAUCUCAUAGAGGAUGAUCUUUUAUAUACUUUUGAGAUCCUCUCACCCUGAUUCAUUUAAACUAGGCUGUUUAUUCUGGAGAAGCGAGACUUCAGUACUUCAUCUCUGAGAGUGUUGUCUUGAAGCGCUUCGAUGCGCUUUACGCAACCUGUUGCUUGAGAGCUGUCCGAGGUGCUGAUGAUGAGACAGUCAGUCGACAGCGCCAACUUCCUGUUUAGAUUAACAAAAUAACAACGUGAGCCCAGCUGCUUUUCUUGCCUGACCCAAAAACCUACACGAACGCAUAAGGGGUCAAGAAGACGCGCAUUGGAUUCAGUGGGUUUCUUUAAGGAAAAUGGAUUCUGUUUUAUCGCUACUUUAAGGGUAAAGGUGAGACACUGAGGCCUGAGAGGACCAGAUGACUGACUUCUGCCACGCAAAGCUCCACUGGCAGUGAGGAGGGACUCCUGCCCAAUACCCCAGUCUAACCCACAGUCUUUUUUUUUUUGUGGGACUCUCUUUCGAACAAUGCACAUAAGGAUAAACUUUGCUCUGCGACUUCUUGGAUAAUAGAAUUUGUUUAUCAGCUGUUUCAUGAAAUGAUUAUAAUUAUGUCAAGAGUCCUUUGGAUCAAUUCAAUCUGUGUAGACCAGUCACAAUAUGGCUUGUAAUCUAAAAUGAACAAUGCUGGAUUCAUAGCAGCUUCUUCCUGUACCACUACAGUGGAGUUUCCUUUUGUGGAUCUGAUCCUGUGGACCGUAAUCCUCGUGACUAGUAUUGACCCACUGGACCUCUAGUUUUCCCCAUCCACCCUCUUUCCUUUUAGUAGCUCAGACCCUGGAUGAGGGUUAGAGGGGAGGUCGGCACUUUGCCAUGGCUCAUUCGUCUGACACGGCACGCAAAGACAUGACGAAUGGGGCUCAGACCAGUGCCCAGCCAGGGCCCUCAGGCACUUCUACUCUACCACGCUACCUGCACAAGAAGCAGCAGCGCCAGAGAGGAGUGAGAUCUUCCUCUCCUAUGGGGAGGGUCAUCCUCAUCAAUGCACCUGUUGAUGGUGGGGAUGACAGUGAAGACAUCCACACAAUUACUGUGGACAAAAGUGAGGAUGGCAGGCUGGGCUUCAGUGUGCGGGGAGGCUCUGAACACGGCCUGGGGAUCUUUGUCAGCAAAGUCGAGGAUGAGAGCUCUGCAGAGUUGGCAGGCCUGUGUGUCGGGGAUAAGCUGGUCGAGGUGAAUGGCAUAAGUCUGGAGAGCAUCACCAUGAGCAGUGCUGUAAAAGUCCUGACAGGAAAUAAUCGUCUGCGCAUGGUGGUAAGACGUGUGGGGAAGGUGCCAGGUAUCCGCUAUUCAAAAGAGAAGACUACAUGGGUAGAUCUAAUCCACCGAAGGAUGGUAGUGGAAGAAAGUGGUCGCACACCUUCAGAGGCCAGUUCAGAUGGAGCCCUGCGCAGAAUAGUGCACCUUUACACAACCUCAGAUGACUACUGCCUGGGCUUCAACAUCCGCGGUGGCAAAGAGUUUGGCCUGGGCAUCUAUGUCUCAAAGCUGGACCCUGGUGGCCUGGCAGAGCAAAAUGGAAUUAAAAUGGGGGAUCAGAUUCUGGCAGCCAAUGGAGUGAGUUUUGAGGACAUCACACACAGCAAUGCAGUAGAAGUGCUAAAGAGUCACACUCACGUGAUGCUGACUAUCAAGGAGGCUGGCCGAUAUCCUGCUUACAAGGAGAUGGUGGCAGAGUACAGCUGGCUUAAUAAAUUGGCUAAUGGAGGCCAGCCCGCUUCCUCCCAGGGUUCAGACUCCUACUCCUCCACUUCCUCUCUCUCCUCCGGGACGCCGGUCAGCUCUCUCAGCGGCCUCUCGCAGGUCAUGUUCCCUCCUGUAUUCGGCUCAGAGAUGGUGGAUGUCUGUAUCUCCACCGAGGACCGCUCACGCCGGCCCAGCUCUGAACGGAUAGAGACCGCCAUGCAGACGGACCCACCAGAGCCCGAUGCCUUAUCAAGAUCUAGUAGGGUCUUAACCACAGAAACCAGCCGAACAGUUGGUGAAACUGUCAUGUUAAAAGACACAGUAAUACGCAGUGGGACUGCCAAAACUCGGACAAGGACCUUCUCUGCUGGGGAUAAAGAGACUUUGGACUCUCCUAAAACAGCAGUCCUGAUGGCUCUCAGCAAGCCUCGCAAACCCAUCCGGCGAUCCCAGAGUCACAUCACUGUGUCAGAGGACAAGCAGAAGAAAAGGAAGCAUCAAAAGGUCAAGGUAGAGACGGAGAGAAGCACCCUGCAGCGCUCCAAAACCUUUGUCAGCUUGCUCUUUAAAAGCGGACGCAGGCGGGAAAGGUCGUCCUCUAGAGACAGGAAGGACAAAGGGGCAGGGGAUGGACACAGAGGAAGAUCCAAAUCCCCCAAACAUUUAGAUAACGAACCGGGUAAAGAGCGGGGUCGACCCAUAAUUAACCUGUUGAGUUCUCCCAGAGAGACUCGUGCUGGUAUGAGGGAGCACAGCCCCAUCCCCAGCGCAGAGACCAUGGCUAUGUUGGAGGAUAUGGCCCGCAAGCUGCUCAACACGGAUGAGGUGGUGGCAGUCAUGAGACACUGUAAAAGGUUUCUAGUAGAGCGUGUGGUUGAGGAUCUGGUGCGCCCCCUGCUGGCCAUCUUGGACAGGCCUGAGAAGCUUCUGUUGCUGAGGGAGGUUAGAAUGAUCAUCCCUCCCACAGAUCUGGGUCGUUUUGACAGUAUGGUUUUGCCCUUUGAGCUUGAAGCCUAUGACAUACUCAAAAACCGCUCUGUAAGGUCUCCUGUCCUGCAUUCUCCUCGUCAUGGUGGAACACCCCGUCGCCAUUUAAUAACUCCCAUCCCAGAUUACCGGGGUGGAUUCCACCUUCAGCCGGUACAGGAUCUGGAAAGAGAACGGCAGCUCAUUGAAGGUCUGGAACGGCUGCGUUUGGCAGGUUUACCGACUGGACGGCUUCCUCCUCCUCGAGCUUUCACACCACUCUUGGAUGUACCAGUGGACACUUACAUCACAGACUCGCUCCGUAAUCGUUCACUGAGUCCUGCUCAGCCCAGCUGGACACACUCAGAGUCUCCUCACGGCACGGAACGCAUCGGACGCUCCCCCCAGAGAAGAGACAACAGUUUCCCCAGGACAUCACACCAUGACUCUUUAUCCAGCAGAGGUGAUUCUGUCCCAGAGCGAGGGAGGUCCCCUUAUAGGAAUGGACAUCGAAUGAAAACAGACAAAUCCCAGAAUGGUAAAGAGAUAAAGCAUACCAUAAUGAGUGCCCACCGCCGGAGUAGGACACCACUGACCCAGGUUUUUACGCCCAGCUCGGACCAGGACUGGAAAGAACCAGUGAAUGGACACUCAGACAGCCAAGAAACCCCACGAGAGCAGGAGUAUGAACUAACCACAGUUACUAUCUCUAAGACCAAACAGUCCCUUGGAAUAAGCAUCUCAGGUGGGAUUGAGUCAAAGGUGCAGCCAAUGGUGAAGAUAGAGAAGAUCUUUCCAGGAGGAGCGGCAUCUACUAGUAAUGUUCUGAAGGCUGGAUUCGAGCUGGUGAUGGUAGACGGAGAGUCCCUCCAAGGUGUUACACAUCAGCAUGCGGUGGACGCCAUUCGAAGGGCUUUCAGCAACAAGGCCAAAGACCCCAUGGAGUUUAUCAUCAAAGUUCCCAAGAACCCGAGAGACUGAUUGAAAGCUGCCUGAAACUCAAUGAGUUUGUAGUAAAGGCCUCAAUAUACUUAUGGCAAAGUUCUCUUUCAUUCUUCACUUGAGUUAAAAGAAGUUUGAAAUACAUGAGCGGUGGUAAACUGUUUGCAAACAUCAUGAUGCCGCCCACACUGCUGAGAGCACCGAUUAGAUGAAUAUACAGUAUAUAAAGUCAAUGGGUGCCAUCAAAAUGAGACUCCAAACAGCUGAUAAAAACAUCACAGUAAUCCUCAAGUAAUCUACACGACUUUAGUCUGGAUAGUCUGAGGGUUAAUAAAUUAUCAGCAAAUUUUCUGCAUUUUUGGGUGAACCAUUCCUUUAAGAAAGCAGCUGGUCAUAGCAAAGUGGAUAUGUUUGCACAAGCUCUGCAAUUUGGCACUCCAGUCAAGUCAUGUCAUAUUUAUAUAGCUUUAUACAAUAGAUAAAGCAAGCAGAUUUAAAGUACUAAACAUGGAAUAAACAGUUUCAGUGUCACUUAGAAAUUGGAACUGCAACUACAGUUCUUCAGUGUGUUCCUGUGUUUACUCAUGUCUGAUCUUGACAGCUUGAACAGAAGAAAUGAACAGAAGAAGAUUUCACCAUCAAUGAAGGCAGAGCCCCAGAGCCUACUUAUCUACUGUAUUACAUAAUCGCCAUGGACCAAUGGUAGUUUGAAGGUGUUUACAGCUGAAGCAAACUUUUCUGUCAAGCUACUUUGAAUUCCUGAAACUAACUAAAUGGCUGAUUUUAUUCAAAAUGACAUCACACCAGUUCUUGAAUUUUGCUUGAAGUAUUUGGGGCCUUGGUGCUGCAGGGUAUAAACGAUGGACACUUGGUUUGAAAGAGAAAUUAUGCCAUCAUGUCCAGUGGGGGUCGAGGCAAACCCCUGAGCAAGAAUCCAAAAAUGGGCUUCCAGAGAGUGCUAUUGGCCAUUCACAGAUUCUGACUUUUCCCCUUCCUGUUGAAAGUUAUUUGCUUUUGAAUCUAUUCCUUUUCUAUUUUCAAUUCAUUCUAUAAAAUCUAAUAAAACAGUCAUAACUCAUCCUUUCCACCAUUAAAGGAUCUGAAAACCUGUUUAAACAUGAGAUAUUAAAGGUUUCUAUUUUUGGUUGUAGUUUAAGCCUGGAGCUAGAUAAGAGCGCACUGGCAUGACAUGCUGAUUAUCAUAAGUCAUAACACUACCCAUCCAUCAGGGUUACAGUUAUGCCUGAGAGAGAUUACACACAGCCACAGUAUGGAUUGAGAUUGAGAUUAAGUCUUUUUUUUAAUUGCUGGUUUGGUUUAGUGAAUGUCUGGGGGAUUAUUACAAAUGAGGAUCAUGUCUCAGUUCACAUCCUGUGCUCUAAGAGAAUUUCUAUUUUUGGCAACUUAUGCUUAUGCGUAGCAUUUUUUAUAUUUGUGCCUUAAAGCUGCACAUUAUGGACUGUGCAAUUAAGAUCUAAACAUUGUGAUGAUUGUAGGAUCAGUGUUAUAUACUGAACGUUUUUCUCUGUACGUAUCUGAAAAGCAUCUGGUCUGCAUUUUCGCAAUUCGUUUUAUCACAAAAGUCAUUGUGUGAUUAUAAAUAAAAAGGUUAAAUAUU